AUGUCUGUUUAUCAGCGCUCCGGUUCCUUUACGUUCAAACCUUACCCCUGCAGUUGGUUCUGUGUGAGCCUCUGGUCACAGGUCACUCUCUGGGUCCCACCUAUUACUCUUCUCGGGGUGGUAGCAGCUAGAGAGUUGAUGUCUGUGUCCACACCUGUGGAGAUGCUUUUAGAAGGAGCAUUUCCAGUGCUGCACCCACAUAUGAUCCUGAAGUCUGGUGUCAUCCUAUCUCCUUCUGUGGUCCUGCACCCUCUCCCACCUGACCCAGUCCCAGUACACCAGCUACACUGGGAGCCACCACCACCAUCCUUUGGGAAUGCACCACUUCCUCAGGGUAACCCCCUGGUGCUGUCCCUUUUCCCCAUGACACCUGUGGUGGCAGGACACGGUGGCUGUGGGCAGACUGGGGCCAGGCCUUUCAACAUCACUGCCCAAGCCAGGAGAGCAAGGAGGCCAGCAGUGUCCCUGCUCAUUCAGAGCACUGUCCUCACUCAGGUGCCACUCAUGAGGGGCGCCCAGGGGUCCAGCAUCCAGCCCCCAGCUGUACCACCAGUGGCCCCCACCAUGUUUGGGGUGGACACGGGCCCACCACCACACUGCAACUCCACAGAGCGUGGCCUGGCCACCUCGCAGGCCAAUGCCUCACCAGAUCACACCUGCAAGUCUCCAAGUGUCUAUGAGAACUUCCAGCACUGGCAGUAUUUGAAGACCCUGCUCCGGAGACACCUUCCCCACACACCUGAUGUGGAAGCGGUGUCCUGUUUCCUCCUGGACCAGCUGGGUAUGCAGGGCAAGGGUAGUGGACGGCAACUGAUCCUGAGCAAUUACAGGCCAGUGCUUCGGUCCCUGUCCCUCCGGCGGCCGGCCAUGAGUGUGGAGAAGGGCCUGCAGAUAGGCGUGCACGAAUGGGACCCCACGAGCAAGUACAAGUGCAUGACAUUCUACGAGGUGGCUGAAGAGUUCAUGGAGUUUGAGGCUGCUGAAAAGAUGGAACGGCUCAGGUUGCAGUUGACUGGGGGACUUCCGGGCUGUCCAAUUCCAGCCCCACUGAGGCCCGAAGCUCCAAGGCCCCCAGUGCCUAAGGUUGUCCAGCAACCAGGCAGGCAGACUCUAAGGCACAGGCUGCCUGCCCCCCAGGAUCCAAAUGCCAGCAGUCACCUGAGACCAUGGCACCUGAUGAGAUCUCUCCUGAAGCCGUGGAGAUCAUGGACUGGCUGGAAGAAAAUCAUCUCUUGUCCACUGGGGAGCCUGAAGAAAAUCAGGAAGAGGAGCAGCAGUGGGAAGAGGAGGAGUUAUGCCCAGGCUCUGGAUAUCCUGAGUUACAUUGAUGAGCUAUGCUCCCAAGAAGACUUUGUCACCAAGGUGGAGGCCAUUAUCAACCUCCAAUUCCUGGAAGAAGUAGGAUCUACAGAUGUAGAGACAGAUAGCAUCUUGGCUGUAGAAGAGGUGCUAGAAGAGGUGCUAGAAGUGGAACAUAUACUCACACUUGACGAGGUAGGCCACGGGGAUGAGGGACACCAGAUGGACAAGGGCAGGGGCACCAGGUUGACCAGACAAGGGGAGGGAUCAACAGGCAGAUGA